AAUAUUCGUCCAUAAUUGUUCAAAUACUUUUCCUUCGCAGGGAGCACAAUUCAAUCGCAGAUCUUAGGGUUAGGUUUCGCUUGGUUUCCCGGCGAAAUCGAGAAUACUUGUCGGCAAUGUCGACGUUUUCGCCGUCAUUCGCCGUAAUCCCAUUUCUUCUUAUGCUUCUUCUGAAUCUAUGUUCUGCGAAUUCGGCGUCGGGAGGAGAGAUCCGGUUACCAUCGGAGAAGAUCGACGGCGGAUUCUGCGGCGGGAAUGCUAAACCGGGUUCGUGUCCUGUUAAGUGCUUCCGGGCCGAUCCAGUAUGCGGCGACGAUGGCGUCACGUACUGGUGCGGUUGUCCGGACGCAUUGUGCAAUGGCGCUCGUGUCUCCAAACAAGGGGCUUGCGAUGUCGGAAAUGGCGUCAGCCUGUCUGUUCCUGGCCAAGCUCUGCUUUUGAUCCACAUCGUCUGGCUUGUGUUGCUUGGAUUCUCCAUGCUCUUCGGCCUUUUCUGAUAUUUACGGCACAGAUUGGAUUUUUAUUUGAUUUGGGUUUUCGAUUGUAUUAUAUAUAUAUUGAU